GAAAAUAGAAAGAAAAUGAAAAAGGGAAGUAGAGAGAGAAAGAGAGGAGAGAGAAGAGGGAGCUGAAGCAGGAAGGCACCGGUAUAAUAGGAAGGGGGGGAAGGUUUUUUUGGCAUUCUCUGUAACGGCGUUUUUUCCCGGAUUCCAAAGAGAUAAAAACAAGAGAGAGAGAGAGAGAGAGAGAGGAGAGAACAAGGCGAGAGUAGAAGAGAAGCAAAAGCGGGUUUUAGAGCUCUUCCAAAAACGGUUCUGUAACGGCAGCCAAAGGCGGGGGAAGGGGCGGCUACUGCUGGAGCGUUACAGUUUUCAUCAUCAUCUUCUCCUCCUUCUUCUUCUUCUUCUUCUUCUUCUUGCUGGGAAAUCUAUAAAAUCGCCAUUAACCUUCAUUUCUGGUUAUAAUUAGAGGCGGGUUUAUGCGUAUUUUGCUAUUAGCAGCGGCGGCGGCGGCGGCUCUGUUUUCGGAUUACCUUCGUUUUCUGUUGUUGACUUGUGGGGGACGCGGGAAGGUUCAAUAAUGGCUAAUCGGGGAGGAGGGUCGUCUCAAGGUGGGGGAGGAGAUGGACUGUACACCGAGCUUUGGAAGGCAUCGGCUGGGCCUCUUGUGGAAGUUCCUCGAGUUAAUGACAAGGUUUUCUACUUCCCUCAAGGCCACAUGGAACAGUUGGAGGCAUCUCCAAAUCAUGAACUGAAUCAGAAACAACCCUUGUUUAAACUUUCCUCCAAAAUUCUCUGCCGUGUUGUUGAUGUUCGCCUGCUGGCUGAGCAGGAAACAGAUGAGGUUUAUGCACAGAUAACUUUAAUGCCUGAUUCAAAUCAAGAGGAACCUACAAACCCUGAUCCUUCGCCACCAGAGUGUCGAAAACCGAAAGUCCAUUCAUUUUGCAAGGUCUUGACUGCUUCUGAUACUAGCACCCAUGGAGGAUUCUCCGUGCUUCGUAAACACGCCACGGAAUGCCUGCCUCCAUUGGAUAUGACCCAACAGACCCCAACUCAAGAACUUGUAGCCAAAGAUCUUCAUGGUUACGAGUGGCGAUUCAAGCAUAUCUUUAGGGGUCAACCACGAAGGCAUUUGCUAACGACGGGAUGGAGCACGUUUGUUACUUCGAAAAGACUAGUUGCUGGUGAUUCUUUUGUGUUCUUGAGAGGGGAAAAUGGGGAAUUACGAGUCGGAGUGAGGCGUCUUGCUCGCCAACAAACCAGCAUGCCUUCAUCUGUGAUUUCAAGUGACAGCAUGCACUUAGGAGUGCUUGCUACUGCCUCUCACGCCGUGUCAACUCUAACUCGCUUUGUUGUCUAUUAUAAGCCAAGGGCGAGCCAGUUUAUCGUCAGCUUGAAUAAGUACAUCGAAGCAAUGAACAGGAAGUUCUUAGUUGGGAUGAGAUUCAAGAUGAGAUUCGAGGGAGAGGAGUCUCCCGAGAGAAGGUUUUCGGGUACCAUUGUCGGAGUUGACGACAUAUCUCCUCACUGGCCCAAUUCGAAAUGGCAAUCGCUAAGAAUUCAAUGGGAUGAACUUGCAUCUAUUCCUCGACCUGAUAGAGUUUCGCCAUGGGAGAUUGAACCUUUUGUGGCGCCUACGUCCCCGAGCAUUCCGCAAUCGGUUUCGGUAAAGAAUAAAAGGCUUCGGCCUCCACUUGACAUUCCAGAUUCUGAUAAUUCAACCGUAACAACUCUACGACAUCCAGGAUCAACUCAAUCACAUGACGAUAGGGCACAGCUUAGCAUUGCUGCGUCUGAAAUGAAACGAUUUGAAAAUCACGCAACGUGGAAUUACAAGCAAACUGAUGUUAGCAGCAUUGGGAAUUCUGUAUCAAGGACCCCAAAGGAGGGCUCUUGGUUAGCUUCCCCAAAUGGGAGUGUUUCGCAGCAUCGAUUACAGAAUUUGACAGAUGACCGAAACAGCAGUUAUGUUUGGUCAACCGUCUUCUCGGGAGCGCCAGUAGCACAGUCGACAUGUCGAGCUCCACACCCAUCUAAUCCAAAGAGCAGCGACCAAGUUAACGAUCUUGGGGAAAAGGGGAGGAAAACUGAGGUGGCUCCAAGCUGUCGCUUGUUCGGGAUCGAUAUCAUCGGUCAUUCUAAGAGCCCAGUUCCACCCGAAAUGGCUGCUGAUCAACCGAUUAGCGCACCAAAUGAAAUCACUGAUGCAGAGCAGAACUCAGACCAGCCAAAGGCUUCUAAAGAAAGAAAAUUAGGACUUUUACAAGUACCUCCUAAAGAGAUCCAGCACAAGCAGAGCAGCUCGACCAACAGCCGAAGUCGUACCAAGGUUCAAAUGCAGGGGAUGGCUGUCGGACGUGCUGUGGACCUUACGAUGUUGGAAGGGUAUGGCCAACUCAUUGACGAACUGGAAAAGAUGUUCGAUAUCAAGGGAGAACUUCACCCACGUGAUAAGUGGGAGAUUGUCUUCACAGACGACGAAGGAGAUACAAUGCUCAUGGGCGAUUACCCGUGGCAGGAAUUCUGUAACAUGGUGAGAAGAAUAUAUAUAUGGUCGAGUCAGGAUGUGAAGAUGAUGAAUUCGGUUAGCAAACUCACAAUGUCUGCAAUGGAAUGCGAUGGAACGGUAAUAACCUCGGAGUCGGCCGACAGCUGAAGCUCGAAGUACAUCGCUUCGGAAACUUAAAUAAUCUUUUGGGUUAGUCUUUUGUUGUUUGUCUAUGAAAAAAAAAGAA